AUGUCGCUAAAUAAUACACUAAUCGAGCCAGGAUCAUACACUAGUGAUGAUGAAUUAACAACGGCAGAAGAAAGGGCUAGGUUAAAAGCCGUCUUGGAAGAAGUCAGUGUUGUUCAUGCAGGUUUUCUUGAUGUUCGCGAGUUAAAAACAGUUUGCGAGCAUAUCGGAAUUGAAAAUCUAAGUGAAGAGGAGUUAUCCUUUCUGUUCGAAGAACUAGAUGUAAAUAAAGAUGGCAAACUUAGUUUUGACGAAUUUUUAAAUGGUUUAUCCAAAAUGAAAGAGUUUAGCGCCUCUGCUGCUAAUACGCCUCCGAGAUCUUUACCCGGAACUCCGCCACAAUCACUACGUCUAUCGGCAUCGUUCAAGAGAAGUACUUCAAAUAAUCGUAGUGGAUAUGAGGUUACUUCACCAACCAGCAGAAUACGAACUCCUUCUUCAGUUAAUCAAAACGCUAAUCUAUUCACUUCGUUAGAUCCUAAUCACAGUGGUUUUGUUGCAGCUGAAGCUAUUAGUGAACUCUUGUCGCUGCAAGGAUUAGCUCAUGUACAAGAUAUUAUUCAGAGUCUACAAAAUGAUACCAAUAAUAAAAUUAGUAUCCGGCAACUAUCCGAAACGUUAGAACAUAUUAUUCUUGAAAUAAGUCAAGACCCACCUGUUACACAAGCUAUUUUAAGUGUGUAUAAAAAUGAAGUUGGAUUCCUGAGAUCUGCCAUUGAACAACACAAAACCGAAAAAGAACGACUCAAGAGUGAUUUAGCCAGGACUACUAAAGAACAGACUCUGUCUAUUCGUCAAUCAGAAGAAAGGAACGUUGAUCAAGAUCGAACCUAUCACAAUUUAAAAAAUUCCGAAAGGGACCAACGGACCACCAAACAGAUCCCAAAAAUGGAAUAUUCUAAUGGCCAACAGAAAUAUGAAGAACAAAAAUUGAAAGAUGAAUUAGCUAACUCGGAAGAGGAAAAGAAUCAUUUAAGUGCUGAAUUAGCAUCAACGCAUAGGAGAUUAGUCGAUGCUCAGCGUAAUGUCGUCCGAUUAACCAAGGAAUUAAAUUCAGCGUCGGAAUUAUCCCUUCAGCUGACCAAAUCUAAUGGGCAACAUCAAGAUUUUAAUAAACAACAGAGUACCAAGAAAGAAUUACAAGAAUUAAAGUACGAAAAUCGUGAAUUACGUGAUCAAGUCCAAAAAUUAACUACACGCUGCAAUAAGUAUCAGGAUGAAAUUGCUCAGUUAAUUGAAUUAGUUAGCUAG